UACACAUUUUCCUUUGAAACAAAAAUAUUGCAUGAGUUUCCCUAAAAGGAGGGGGGGCCCUGAGGAGGAGCUGAAGGAGGCUUAGGAGGCAGAAGAGAGCAGAUGCCCAUUCAGUACCCACUGUACCCUACAGUCUCACCCCUGCCCUUAAGCCCUUUAACUCUGACUGCCCCUGCCCCCAUGCGUCUAACCCAAGACUCAGCUACUAUGCCUUCUCUGGGCACAGUGUUUGAGGAAAUUCCCUUUUUCUUUUUGACUUUUAAAAAAGGACUGGGGAAAUAUGAUGUGUAGUGAAGGGGACUCACUCCAUGGAUGUUAAGCCAAGAUGUCUUGUAGAAUUUCUGGGACCCUCCUACCACUGGGAAGGAGCGCCUCUAAUGAAGCAAUCAGGAUGUAAUUUUAGAAAGGGCAGAUAUGGACGGUGGAACCAGAUGGAAAAUACAAGGAUUUCUCUAGCCCUGGCUUUGGCCACAGCACAGCAAAGUUAGCGAGGGUGGAGAAAUUUCCUGGGACUACAUCUCUCCAUCGGCCGGGGCACAAGGCGGUGCUCAUGGCCCUGCACUCCUCCUUCACCCCCAAACCAGUUCCCUCACAUGUAUAUUCUUAAAAGAAACCCAAGUCUUACUUUCAAAGCACACACUUAGUCUCAACUAGGGAAUCAACAGAAGCAGCAGCGAUUUUUUUCCCCCUUCUUGACAUCUGGCUGGCGAUUGGCUGGAAGAGGGUCAGCUGACUUUGUCAUUUUGUCUGUCCUGGAUUGGAGCCGUCCCUAUAACCAUCUAGUUCCGAGUACAAACUGGAGACAGAAAUAAAUAUUAAAGAAAUCAUAGCCCGACCAGGUAAAGGCAAAGGGAUGAAUUCCUACUUCACUAACCCUUCCUUAUCCUGCCACCUCGCCGGGGGCCAGGACGUCCUCCCCAACGUCGCCCUCAAUUCCACCGCCUACGAUCCAGUGAGGCAUUUCUCGACCUAUGGAGCAGCCGUUGCCCAGAACCGGAUCUACUCGACUCCCUUUUAUUCGCCACAGGAGAAUGUCGUGUUCAGUUCCAGCCGGGGGCCGUAUGAUUAUGGAUCUAAUUCCUUUUACCAGGAGAAAGACAUGCUCUCAAACUGCAGACAAAACACCUUAGGACAUAACACACAGACCUCAAUCGCUCAGGAUUUUAGUUCUGAGCAGGGCAGGACUGCGUCCCAGGACCAGAAAGCCAGUAUCCAGAUUUACCCCUGGAUGCAGCGAAUGAAUUCGCACAGUGUGUAUUUUGUGCCCGGAUCUCUAGGGGUCGGUUACGGAGCGGACCGGAGGCGCGGCCGCCAGAUCUACUCGCGGUACCAGACCCUGGAACUGGAGAAGGAAUUUCACUUCAACCGCUACCUAACUCGGCGCCGGCGCAUCGAGAUCGCCAACGCGCUGUGCCUGACCGAACGACAGAUCAAAAUCUGGUUCCAGAACCGUCGGAUGAAGUGGAAAAAAGAAUCUAAUCUCACGUCCACGCUCUCGGGGGGCGGCGGAGGGGCAGCUGCCGACAGCUUGGGCGGAAAAGAGGAAAAGCGGGAAGAGACAGAAGAGGAGAAGCAGAAAGAGUGACCAGGACUGUCCUCGCCACCCCUCUCUCCUCCCUUGCUCACCCCAGCUCCCCAUCACACUAUUUAUCACUGGCACAACUGAUGUUGUGACUUCCUAAAACAAAAUUAGGGAGCCAAACGUGGACCUGAAAGUCAGCUCUGGACACCGCCCCCCCCCACACACACCGCACAACUCUUCACCAUAGCCUCCUCCUCUAGCUCCCCUUCUAGCUCCUUCUCGGCUUGUACACAGGCUCCUUCCCCCGCCCAGGCCUUGGGGGCUCGGUCCCUGAACCUCGUUUCCGACUCCACAGAUGUCCCUCCAAGGGGAGCCCCUGGCUCCUGCCCCAGCUCUCGACGCCCUCCGCCCCUGCCCCCGUGCAGAGGGCCGGCUCCCGGGCCUGGGGCCUCCACUCCAGGUUCUCAGGGUCCAGCCUGGCAGCCGGAGGGUGGGAGGCCCAAGGAGGGCGCGCCUUGGCCCCACAGCAACCCCCAGGGCCUCCCCUCAGUCCCUGCCCGGCCCCUCUGCCCCAGCAAAUGCCCGGCCCAGGCAAAUUGUAUUUAAAGAUUCCUGGGGGUCAUUAUGGCAUAUUACAAACUGUGACCGUUUCUGUGUGAAUAUUUUUAGCUGUAUUUGUGGUCUCUGUAUUUAUAUUUAUGUUUAGCACCGUCAGUGUUCCAAUCUCAUUUUUAAAAAGAUUUAAAAAAAAAAGAGGGAAAAUUACAAAAAGAAAAAAAGUGAAUGGUUUGUUUAGCCAGUAGGAGAAAAAUAAAUGAAUCCCCUCGUGUUACCCUCCUGUAUAAAUCCAACCUCUGGAUCCGUUCUCGAAUAUUUAAUAAAACUGAUAUUAUUUUUAAAAGUU